AUGGAACUCAGAUUGACAUCCAUGGGAUCGACUUUGGCAGUUGGGAUAUGUUUUGGGAUUGCUUCUUUGACUUCUCUUCCGACUGAUGUAUUCCUAACACCCAUAACUACAUGGACACCACAAAGUUCAAGAACCCAUGAAGUUUCAGUCCUGAUGCUAGUAGUAGAGGCUCCUAAAAUAGCACCAUGGAACAGUCACAACAAAGACAUAAUUCACAGUUGUGUCUCCGAUCGUGUGUUGCCAUUGUCUUCCUCGUGGAACCGCCAUAUUGCUUCUAAUGCUUGUCAUAUCUUUGAGAAAAACAUUGCACAGUUUGCGGAUGAAGAGAGAAAUAGAGAUAAUCGAAAGCGAAUGAGAAGUGACGAUGGAGGUGCUGUGCGCGCCCUUAUCAAUUUUCCUUUCCAAUCUUUCAUAAUUUCACGUGAUUUACGAAAGUGA